AUGGGCUCGUUUGACGAGGUCUUCUGGACGAAGGCUGCUGGAAAGCAGGUCCUCGGUUGCAAGUGGAUGGAUGCAGUCAAUGCUUUUGUUCAUGCCCCCCUCGACGACGAAGAAGUUAUCUUCAUGAGGAUGCCACCGGGGUUCCAGAAGAGGGGGAAAGUCCUACGCCUGAGAAAAGCUCUCUACGGACUACGCCGCUCGCCGCUCCUCUGGCAACAGAUGCUUACGUCGUCUCUAGAGGAACUGGGAUUCAGAAAAGUUCCCCAGGAGCCGUGUGUCAUGGUGAAGGAGCGGUGA